GGGCUCACACGAAACCUUCUGUACUAAAACCAACCAGUUGUACCCGUCGCAUAUAUAGAGGAACUUCCGUUUUCCAUCUCAUUGAACAUAUAUUCAUCUCAUCACAAAAGAAAGAAAUAGAGCACCAAUAUCGUCGCAUUUUUUUGCUAACACGCGUGCUCACAGCUGAAAAAAAUCAUAAAAUAAGAAACAAACCAAAUUCUUUUUCAUUGCUUUGUUUUUGAUGGGAUGGAAAUAGGAGCUAUGGGAUGAAGUGCCGAACCGUUCCCAUAUUUCGUUACAUUCAGCGGCCCCCAAAAAAUGUUAGCUCCAGGCCCCCACGUCACCUCAUAUGGCCCUGACUCAGACUAAGGUCGAAGUGGCCGUUGCAUUACAUUAAAGUCGUCUCCUUUCAACCACGCUGUUGAAAAUGCAACAAAAUAGAGACGAAUUUUCAAAUAUUUGAACGACGUCGUACAUCAAAUAGUGAUUGCGCUAAGCAGUACUUUUAGUUUGUAGUAGUAGGCCAUGACUUUAGGAGAGAGAAUAAAUUGUGCAUCUGGAAGAGUAAGACGUGUUUGUAUAUUCCUAAGUGAAUCCGUAAAACUAGUGUAAAGUGAACUACAAUCCGGUCCUUAAUCCGGAGUACCACAUCUGGCGACGAUUGGGUGGAACCAUAGUUUGCAAGAAGCCGCUGCAGCUACGCAGAAACAGGCAAAAGCCGCUGUUAAUAAGCAGAAACAGAUUCUUCCGCUGCCGUAGAGCAGGGACAGGCGUCAAGCCGCUUUUCAAGAAAUUUAGGCGUGUAGCCGCUGCGCGGAAGCAGAAACGAGGCGUGCAGCCGCUGCGUGAAGCAGAAAAGCAGAAAAAGCUAAUCCGCUGAAAGACAACACGAAAAGGCCAAGGGUCUCUAAAAUAAAAUAAAAUCGAAAAUCUGUUUAAUCCGGAGCAUAUAGUAAAGGUAAAAAAAAAGCAUGUUUGAAUUUGUUAUAACGUUGCCAUGGUAACGAUUCCCACGUGGGUACUCAAAAAUUUGUUUUCAGCUGUCGUCAAAGUCAGUGCCUACUAAGAAUGGAAAAUUGGAACAUCUGUCCAUUUAAAUUUAACCACCUUCCCGAAACGCAGAUACGUAAAGAAUGGCUGCGGUGGAAAAGAAACUUCGAAGUGAUCGCUGCUGUCAGUGAAGAGAAAAACGCUACAAAAUUGAGAAACAUUCUAUUGGCUAAGGGUGGUCUGGAACUUCAAGAUCUGUUCUAUUCAAUAGAGGGUGCAGAUGUUCAAGAAGAUAUUGCUAAAAAAAUUGAUCCCUACAAAACAGCAAUCGACAAAUUGGACGAUCAUUUCAGUCCGAAGCAGCACGAUUCUUUCGAAAGAAAUGAAUUUUGCAAGCUGGCUCCUGGGACGGAUGGAUUACGUGAGCCAUUGACGAAAUUUUUGAUGCGAUGUACCGAACAAGCGAAGAAAUGUGAUUUUGGCAAAACUGCAGAAGAGAGCCGAGAUUUCAGAAUCAUUGACAAAAUAAUCUAUUAUGCUCCUACCGAGUUGAGGGAAAAACUUUUACACGAAGAAGCACUGACAUUACCACAAGUAACACGCAUGGUUAACUCAUUCGAAUCUAUAAAGCACCAGGUACAGGUAAUUGCUGGAAAUGGAAAUUCACCUGGUAAUUUUUUUGAACCAGAUUCGAAAGGUAGCGUAAAUCGUUUGAGUGGUAAUAGCAAAUUCGGAAGCGGUUCUUGCUACAGAUGUGGACAAAAGACUCAUUAUGGAAAUGAUCGUCAGUGUCCAGCACGUAGCAAACAAUGUGAGAAAUGCAGCAAGUUCGGUCACUUUGCGCGCGUCUGUCGAUCUGUGACAAAACGCAAAAAUGAUGAAAAUUCUUCAUUCUCAACUAGGAAAAGGCCAAAACUGGACAACGUGAGAGCGAUUAUCUCCUCAAAUGGAGAGGAUCGGGAAAAGUCGCAAAGUUUCAUUUGCAACAUAGGCGAUGGCGACGAAAAUCUUUGGGCCGAAGUGGGAAAUGUCCUAAUUCAAAUGCUGAUUGAUUCUGGCAGCUGCAAGAAUAUUAUAGAUGACACCACUUGGAAAAGCAUGCUAGCGCAAGGUGUCCAAUGCUGGCAACCAAGCAAGGUCCCGAAUACCGUGUUGCGAGGUUAUGGUCGAGAUGCGAAGCCGUUGGUCGUGUCGCAUGUUUUUGAAUCAGUGAUCACUGUUGGCGAUGGAGGAAAUCGGAAGCAAGAAACAGCCAUUUUUUAUGUCAUCGAAGGAGGGUCGCAACCAUUAUUGGGGAAAGAUACUGCGAAGCGCUUGGGGGUGUUGAAAAUUGGGCUGAAUGCUGUGGACACAUCGAUCAACGAAAUUGUGCCUGUAGCUGGAAGGCCUUUUCCCAAGAUGAAGAACGUUCGGUUGAAAAUUCCAGUCAAUAGUGAUGUGCCUCCUGUUGCUCAACGAGUUAGACGUCCGCCAAUCGCACUCCUCACCCGAAUUGAAGAGAAAUUGGAGCAACUGCUAGUUUCUGAUAUUAUUGAACCUAUUUCAGGAACAGCAGCAUGGGUUUCUCCAUUGGUAAUUAUUGUCAAAGAUAAUGGAGACCUUCGGUUGUGUGUCGACAUGCGACGCGCUAAUCAGGCCAUCAUAAGAGAACGUCAUAUGAUGCCAACUUUCGAGAGUUUUCUCCCACGCCUCAAGUCGGCUAAGUUCUUCAGUCGUCUGGAUAUUAAAGACGCGUUCCAUCAGGUAAAUCUAAGAUGAAAAACAAAAUUCUGAGAAUUAUAUUAAAAUUAAUAAUACAAAUCCUACUAAAAUACAGAUUGAAUUAGAUGAAGAAUCUCGAUCUAUUACAACUUUCAUUUGCCAUAAGGGAUUAUAUAGAUACAAAAGGCUGAUGUUUGGCGUUUCAUGUGCCCCCGAAAUGUUCCAGAAAGUUAUGGAACAGAUUCUUGCUGACUGCGACAACGUAAUCAGUUAUAUUGACGAUGUCGUAGUAUUCGGAGAAACGGAGGAAGAGCAUGAUAAUGCUUUAAACAAAGUUCUUUCAGCUCUAAAAGACCGUAAUAUACUUCUUAACCAAGAGAAAUGCAUCUUCAAAGCAAUACAGUUAGAGUUUUUGGGACAUAUUCUCUCUUCGGACGGAAUUCGGCCUACAGAGGAAAAAGUACAAGCGCUACAGAAAUUUCGUGAACCUCGUUCUUCUGACGAAGUUAGAAGUUUUUUAGGUCUUGUAACAUACGUCGGAAAAUUUAUCCCGGAUUUAGCAACGAUUACUGCACCCUUGAGAGAACUUAUAUGUAAUUCCAAAAGGUUUAUUUGGGGAAAGGAACACCAACAAAGUUUUGAAAAAUUGAAGCAAAUGAUAGCGAAUGCUGAUACGUUGUCUUUUUUCGACAAUUCCUUGCGUACAAGAAUUGUAGCAGAUGCCUCUCCUGUUGCAUUGGGUGCUGUCUUAAUACAAUUUGUGAACAACGAUAACAAUAACCCUCGUAUAAUAUGCUAUGCCAGCAAAAGUCUCUCUUGUACCGAAAAGCGAUACUGCCAAACUGAGA